CAAAGAUGGACCACUUCACAAAUGGUUACAAAGUCAUACCCACUUCUUCCACAAUGACCACAGCAAAUGACCAAGCAUGAACUAAAGAAUUGAUUGUGGUAAGACAUCUUUCACUGAGAAAUAAUUAAAAUGGAGCAUGAUGGGUCGGCUUCAAAUGCUGAUAAAAUCCACCAGAAUCGCCUGUCGAAUGUGACGGAAGAUGAAGACCAAGAUGCCGCUCUCACCAUUGUGACCGUGCUGGACAAAGUCGCUGCCAUUGUGGACAGCGUGCAGGCCAGCCAGAAGAGGAUAGAGGAAAGACACAGGGUCAUGGAGAAUGCCAUCAAGUCCGUCCAGAUUGACCUGCUCAAGUUUUCACAGUCUCACAGCAACACGGGCUAUGUCAUUAACAAGUUGUUUGAGAAAACCCGAAAGGUCAGUGCUCACAUUAAAGACGUGAAGGCCCGGGUGGAGAAGCAACAAACUCACGUUAAAAAAGUUGAAGCUAAGCAAGAAGAAAUAAUGAAGAAGAACAAAUUCCGUGUGGUCAUAUUCCAGGAGGAGGUUCAGUGUCCGACGUCCCUGUCUGUCGUGAAAGACAGAAGCUUGAUUGAGAGUCCAGGGGAGGAGGACGAAGUCUUCGAUACCCCAGUUGAUCUGUCUUCGGACGAAGAAUAUUUUGUUGAAGAGAGCAGGUCUGCCAGGCUUAGAAAGUCAGGCAAGGAGCGCAUUGAUAACAUCAAAAAGGCCUUUUCCAAAGAAAACAUGCAGAAGACACGGCAGAAUUUUGACAAGAAAGUAAACAGAAUUAGGACUAGAAUAGUGACCCCAGAGAGGAGAGAGCGGCUGAGGCAGUCGGGGGAGAGACUGAGGCAGUCGGGGGAGAGACUGAGGCAGUCCGGGGAGAGGUUUAAGAAAUCUAUUUACAACGCUGCUCCCUCAAGGGAAGCUUUUAAGAUGCGUGGCCUUCGGAAAACCAAAGACAGCGCAGUGGCUGAGGGUCCAGAAGAGGUCAGGGAGAUGGGGGUGGACAUCAUUGCCAGGGGUGAGGCUCCGGGCCGCAUUGGUGAGCUCUACCCCGAGGCGCUCAGUGAAACAGACCCUGAGGAGGCCAGUGCCACGCAUCCUCCCCAAGAAGGUGGGGAGAUCUCGACCCCCGAGCCUCUAAAAGUUACUUUUAAACCCCAGGUGAAAGUAGAGGAUGAUGAAUCUCUUUUGCUAGAUUUAAAGCAGUAAUUAUAAAGAGGAAUUCAGUAUAUUAUAAUCAUAGGUCUCCUUAAUCACACAAUCUUAGUUUAAUUAGUAUAGUCACUUACAUGUAUAUGCCAUGUAGGAAAACAUCAAUGAUAUGCUUGCUUCAUUUCUUAGGUUUAAAAUCUUCAAGAUAAUAAGUUAUUAAUAUACAUUUCCUUGUAACUUCCUGGGGAAUUCUUUUUUUUUUUCCCCUCCCCUGGAGAACUUUUUUUUAAAUCUCUCCUCCCCCAGGGCUUAUUUGAUUCUGUCAGCUUUCUCUCUUAGAUCACUGUCAUGGCAGCUGUGGAUUUUUAAGUUCCUUUAUCUUGCCCAUCAAAAAAAAAAAUAGUUUCUUAGUGAGGGCCAAUUAGGUGUUUGCUAGUCUACAACAAAUGAAGGGCAAAUUUGUGGCCAUGAUUUAUUUGCAAGUCAACUCUUGAUUUUGGUCUAGAUUAAUACAACGGGAAUAACUCAUGUAUGGAUUUUAUCUAUCUGUUCAAAUCAAUAGAUCUGUCAGUAAGUUAGUGGUCACACCCCUUUUUGGUGCCUUUGCAUAAAAACACUGAAGUCCUGGACUCGAUCACUCGGUUCUGGCAUCAGAGCCUUGCUUAUAGCGAGCCACUUGGCAAGUCAUCUGCUAAUUGUCUGGUCAGUGAAAUGAAGAGAGUUCACCUGUCCUGCCCACUCCAGAAGACUGCUGUGAAGAUUAAUGAAAUGUUACACAUUCUGGGGGGAGCCAGAACCAUUUCCAGAGAAAAGAAACCCCACUGGUUCCUCAAAAACAGAAUGGAAGUCAUUACAUCUUCUGAAAAAGCCCUGAGCUCCAAGCAGCGAGGACCUAGGUGGGACAGACACUAAAGUUGGUUUUCCUUUUCACAGAAUCAGGAAUGAAAAAUAAAGGUUUGGGAGACAUCUUUUUCAUCAGAGACUAAAUUCAGACCUUGGGUUUGAGUUGGGUCUUAAAACAUUUCCUGGAAAAUUCUUCUCUGAUUAUCUUCUGCACAGAUCUCUGCUGGACUAGAGCAGCAUGUUUGAGCAUCAUGAACUCUGCAACUGUGGCUGUAGCUUCAAGAGGCCUCUCUAAAGUCAGUCCUUGUGCAGUGUUUGGAAAUGACCUCAUAUGUUUCUGAUUUCUGGAGUGAACACCUCAAGGGCCCACCUGUCUAAAACAGUGUUCAGGGAGUUCAUCACAGCUGCUUUGGGAGGAAGCCAGAUUCUACCUGUCAGUUAGCUGUAAAUCUGACUGAUCAGCUAACUAGCUGAUCCAGAAGUAGAUGUUAUUGUUAAAGAGAAAAAUGGUCAUACUGGUUCUUCAAUUAUGUAUGUUUAAAUCUUUUGAUUUGAGAAAGAGAAGAAAUGAAAUUAUGGAAUUUGAGGAAUUUGAAGAGUUUUGGACAACAGCUUUCAGAUCAGUUUUAGAUGCUCUGGUAGUAACUAAAAAUUGUACACGCACACACACAAAUCAGCUUUAAAAUAUUUAACUGAGUUACCCAGCCAUUUGGGUUUGGGAGUUUGAUUCGGUAUCAUUUCCUCUUCACUGUGCAUACAUAAAAUCAUGAAUUGUUCAUCUCAUUAUGUUUUUAUAAAGUGUAUACAGCUUUGAAUAAUACUUCAAAAGGAAUAAUUUUUAAAAUGUUAUGGUUUAGCAAAAGCUUGGAUGCCUAAUCAAAUAUUUCCUUAAAGCCAUAAUAAAUUUGAAUUAAAAAA